AUGGUGGUUGAAAGAGUGUGGAAGAAGGUAAAAGGGUGGAAAAAGAAGUUCUUAUCGACCGCGGGGAAGGAAAUUCUUAUCAAGGCUGUCGCUCAAGCAAUUCCGACGUACAUUAUGAGUUGUCUCAAGAUACCCGAUUCUGUGUGUCACGAGAUAGAAUCCAUGCUUGCUAACUUUUGGUGGGGCGCUAGGAAUGGAGAGAGGAAAAUACAUUGGAUGAGUUGGGAGAAAUUGUCAAAGGCGAAAGGUGCGGGAAGGCUAAGAUUCAGGGGGAUUAGUGAGUUCAAUUCUUGCCUUCUAGGAAAACAAUAUUGGCGCUUGUUGUCUCAAGAGAAUUCACUGGUGGGAAAGGUCUUUAAAGGAAAGUACUUCCCUCGGGGAACCAUAGAGGACUGUGCCUUGGGCUACAAUCCAAGCUAUGCUUGGAGGAGUAUCUUAGGGGCGAGAGAAGUGGUUCAGCGGGGCUCUCGGUGGAGGAUCCGAAACGGGAAUAAAGUCAAAAUCUUGAAGGAUAGAUGGAUACCAAACAACUAUGGGUUUAAGCUUCUCUUUGGUGUCGAAGACGUCGAUGACAAUGCAAGGGUCUGUGAUCUCAUAAAUGGAGAUCUAGCAGUAUGGAAGGAAGAUGUUAUCUCAGAGAAGUUUUCCCCGGAGGAGGCCAAAAGAAUUGUCAGCAUACCGUUGUCUAGACUGCCUACUGAAGAUAAAAUUAUAUGGCACUUUGAGAAGAAUGGGGAGUUUUCUGUGAAGACAACAUAUCACGCGGCGCGGGCUCACAAAGAAUCUCUGCUUCCUAGACCUUCUAUUUCUCCAAACCAGAAGCUUUGA